AUGCGUUUGGUAUGGAAACGAUACAUUGACUUGUCGAAAAGAAGAGUGUCACCAGAGGAAAUCAAGAAAUGUGAAGAAAAAUAUACAAAAGCAAAAACUGUGUACAGUAUUUUGAGACACUGUGCUGAGAUCUUGGGAUAUGAAACAGACACACAGUUGGAAGAACUGUAUGAGAAGACUGCCUGGUACUUUGAUGAAAAGUACAAGUCACCUGGGAGUUCAUUUGAUGUGUUCAAAUUAGCAGUGGGAGAUCCAGCUGUGCUAGAUGAAUUGAAUCUUGAUGAGAAAACCAAAUCCACUCUGCUUUCUAACAUCAUGAGAAGACUCACGCCACAAGCUGUUAAGAUCCGUGCUGAUAUCGAAGUGUCGUGUUAUGCUUAUGAAGGCAUUGAUGCUGUGAAGAAUUCACUGCUAGAGGGACUUAAGUGCUCCUCGGAAGAUGUUCCUAUCAAGAUAAAUUUGAUAGCUGCUCCACUGUAUGUGAUAACGACAACCACCUUGGAUCGUGAUGAUGGACUCAAGGGUUUGACAAAUGCUGUAGAUGCCAUUAGAACCACCAUCAAGAAAUAUAAAGGAGAUUUUAAUGAAAAGGCUGCUCCCAAGGUGGUCACAGAGAGUGAUGAAGCUGAACUUGCCAAGCAGAUGGAAAGAUUAGAAAGAGAAAAUGCCGAGGUUGAUGGUGAUGAUGACAACCCUGAUGAGGAGGAAAUAUCAGAAGAUAUUAAAAAUCUUUAAAUAUCCAUCAAGAGUUUUACCUUAAAUGUUACCAACCAAUAUGUCUGUGUGUGAAUAUUGGUCGAGUUGCAUGAACCCCUUAAAAAUAUGAUGACCCAUAUUUUCACAUGUUUGUGCCAUAACUGCAACAGUUCUUUCUCUUUUAUCAUUUCCUACUGGACUCGGGCCAUCCAUUUAUGGAUAGGAGUGCAUUGUUGUUUCUACUUUAGUUAGAGUCCCAUUAUGAACUGUUCCCAUAUGGAAAGGUGCAAGUGCAGUCCAGUUUUCAAAAUGAAUGACUCAGUAGCCAUGACAACAAAAAACAAGAUAGGUUAUUAAUUCAACUCAGAUAGAACUUUCAGAUUUCUGUUGCUUUCAAUGUCAUUUGCAUUGCUUGUAUGAUCUACUUCCCCGCCUCCUUUUGGGGAAAUAAGGACAGUUUUUGAUCAACUAGUUUCUGAUUCUCAUGCUCACUACAAACAUUUGCACUCUAGUAUAGUGCAGUUAGGAGACUUGCUGUUGCUAAGCAACUUUUGUGGCUGAAAUUGCAAUCUUGGUCAGUCAUCACAGACAGGAAUUUUGCCCUCACCAAACAAUAAUUAUCUGUCUCUCAAAUACUUUGUUAGAGUAAUGCCAUCUGUAGUUUUCCAGCAACCUCUAGGAGACUGCAAUCCUUCUUGUACAACUGCUGCAACCAGAAACACGUAAUCUCAGGAGGCAAAUAGAUUGUGUAAAAAAGCAGAGCAUUUUUGUUAAAAUUUUGAAUUAUAUAGUCAAUGGGAAUUGGCUGAAAAAAACUGAAGUUAAAUGUUUUUGUUUUGUGAUGUGGUUUUGCUUCUUGUGGCACUAAAUUACCUAGCUAGGUGCAGACUUUCUGUUCAGUGACUAAUCAAAUUACAGGAUAGUUUUCAAAAUAAAUAGAGAACUCAUUAAAGCUAUUUGAAGUGCA